AACAGAUAUGUCCGAAUCAUCUCAAGACAACAUAAACAAUCCAGACGGCUCCAUCACUAGCGUCCCCACCAGAUUCCCCUACGUCCCAGCCACACCUGAACCUUCCCCACAAAACCCCGUCGUAUCCAAAGACAUUACCGUGAACCGCUCAAAGUCAACAUGGAUGCGUCUCUACGUUCCCACCGCCGCCCUAAACGGCGGUUCGUCUGAAAAACUCCCUCUCGUUGUCUAUUACCACGGCGGAGGAUUCGCCACCGGCAGCGUCGACUUCUAUCCCCACCACGACUUCUGCAACCUUAUGGCGCGCGAGCUCAACGCAGUCUUCGCUUCUCCUUCGUACCGGCUAGCUCCCGUGAAUAGACUCCCGGCGGCGUACAACGACGGAGUGGAUGAUCUGGAGUGGAUUAAGGACUCCGACGACGACGAGUGGAUCAAAUCUUACGCCGAUCUCUCUAAUGUGUUCCUCAUGGGGACAGGCUCCGGUGGUAACUUGGCUUACAACGUCGGUCUUAGAGCCGCCAAUCUAGUAGCUCCAUUACAUAUCCCUGGAUUGAUCUUACACCAGCCGUUCUUCGGCGGCGAAGAGCGUUGCGAGUCUGAAAUCAAUGUGAAUUUUCCGCAUAUACUCAGCGACGCCUGCUGGCAGCUUUGUCUCCCUGUCGGAGCGAACCGGGAUCACGAGUAUUCGAAUCCGACGGUGGGAGAUGGACCGAAGCAAAUGGAGAAAAUCGGACGGUUGGGACGGAAUUGGAAGGUGGUGGUGAUUGGACGAGAAAGACAUCGUCUGAUAGAUAGGCACAGAGAUGUGGCGAAGUUGAUGGACCAGGGAGUGGAUGUGACUGAGCAUUUUACCGACGGCGAUGUUCACGGUGCUGAGCUCGUUAACCAGGGUGAAACUACGCUUGCUUGCAUCAGAAGUAUCAUUUACUCUUCCUCACCGUAAAGGUUUUUUUUUUUAAAUUCCAUAAAAUAAAGAGGCUUCUAUC